GAUACUAAAUCAAGAAACCUGCUGAUUCACACAAAAUAUACAAACACAAUUCUCUCUUGCCGUUCUUACUCAAUACUCGCAUACCCAUUUUGUUCCUUUUCUUUGUUUUUUGUUUCUUGUUUUCACAAUCCUCUUCGUGGCUUUUUAUGGCGAAAACUGUUGGGGUUCUUGAGGCUAGUUCUUCUUCUACUAGUACUGCUGCUGUGCCAAACUCAACUGAGUUGAAGAAGGAACUGGAGAGGCAAGUUAACAAAAUUCUUGGUGAGGAAGAUUAUAGCUCGGAGAUCAUUGAUGAGGUUUUAAGGAUUUUGACUUCUUUGAAGGAAUUGAAAUUCGAGAAAUCAUCUAAGUCUUUGAUUGAUGACAAUACGGUUGUUCCUGAUGAAUUUAAAUGUCCCAUUUCAAAAGAGCUCAUGAUUGACCCUGUCGCUUUGGUUACUGGGCAGACGUAUGAUCGGUCAUUCAUCCUGCGAUGGUUAAAUGAUGGGCACCAGACAUGUCCUCAAACUCAGCAAGUCCUCUCCCAUACUAUCCUUACCCCUAAUCUCUUGGUACGAGAAAUGAUUUCACGUUGGUGCAAUGAGCAUGGAAUUGAGCUCCCCGGGCCUGUUGAGGAUGUUGAGGAAAUUGUUGUUGUUGAUGCAGACAAAGACUACUUGUAUUCACUGUUGAAAAAGAUGUCCUCUUCCCUCUCUGAUCAAAAAGAAGCUGCAAAAGAGCUUCGGCUGCUUACUAAAAAGAUGCCAUCAUAUCGGGCCCUUUUUGGUCAGUGCACUGAUUCCAUUUUGCUUUUACUCAAGCCACUAUUAACAGGCAGAGUUGAUUCUCAUCCUGAUCUCCAAGAGGAUUUGAUUACAACAAUUAUGAACGUCUCCAUUCAUGAAAAUAAUAAGGAAAUAGUUGCUGAACAUCCACUUGUCAUUCCUCUGCUUAUUGAAUCUCUGAAAUAUGGAACCAUGGAAACAAGAAGUAAUGCUGCUGCAACUCUCUUUACCCUAUCGUCUCUUGAUUCAAACAAGAUUCUUAUUGGGAAAUCAGGUGCUCUCAAACCUCUUAUUGACCUCUUAGAGGAAGGGCAUCCAUUAGCCAUGAUGGAUGCUGCAUGUGCAAUAUUCAACCUAUGCAAAGCCCCCGAGAAUAGAGGGAAAGCAGCCUGUGACGGGGCAGUUAGGGUGAUCUUGGAAAAGAUGAUGGAGAGCGUACUUAUUGAUGAGCUGUUGGCUAUUCUUGUUUUGCUUGCUAGCCAUAAGAAGGCGGUUGAGGAAAUGGUGGAGCUUGGUGCUGUGGGUUGCUUGCUCAGAAUUAUCAGGGGAGGCACUUCUGAACGCAACAAGGAGAACUGUGCAGCAAUCUUAUACUUAGUCUGUGUAGAUGAGCGGGCCACGUGGAAGGAGAUUAGGGAAGAGGAAAAUGCUAAUCAUACACUUUCUAAACUUGCUGAAAAUGGUACUUCAAGAGCCAGGAGAAAGAUCAACAGCAUUCUCGAGAAGGUGCAGAAAGCUGCCCAUACUGCGUGAUAAAAGAAAUCUUUACUCCAUAGACAUGAUCAAUUACUUCCUAUACAUUCUUUCAUCCUUCACUCUGCCAUGGAAACACUAAUACUAGCUCAGUUACCUGUAAAAAGUUCACAUACACAAUUGUACAUGUCAUUGUCACCUAUUCUCAUAACAGGCAAGUUUUGGUCCAUCUGAGGCUAAUAGAUAAGCAAAGGGCAUUGAAUUUUGA